AUGGAGGCAGUUUGCUUCCCGGACUCCCUCCUGCUUUCAGACAUUAGCUCGAGCUCCCCCGCUGAGGUAGAGGAAGCAGCUCCUGGGCGCUGGGCGGGUCGGGUUCCUCUGUCGGACAGAGGCGGUGGGCGGCCUUUGAUGGGAACGGUCCCCGGCAAACCUUAUCUGGCGUCCACUAACUCUGCCAACAGCAGCCAGACGACUGCAUCUGACAAUAAAGAAAAGGCAUCGGCAGCCAAGCCUCAGGAACAGGAGGAAGAGAUCGACAUCGACCUGGAGGCGCCGGAAACAGAGAAGGCAGCGCUCGCCAUCCAGAACCAAUUCAGGCGCUUCCAGAAGAAAAAGAAGUAG